AUGUUAUCGGUUCCAUUUUUGGAGGAUCUUAUGAGAAGAUGGUUUAAACCACAAACAUUUGAUGAUCCAAUUGAUCGUCUUAACUAUUUUUUAACUGCAUCAAUUUUGGCAUUUUUUGCAAUUAUGGUAUCAGCUAAACAAUAUGUUGGUACACCAAUUCAAUGUUGGGUACCUAUGGAAUUUAAAGGUGGAUGGGAAGAGUAUGCUGAAGAUUAUUGUUUCAUACAAAAUACAUUUUUUGUUCCAUUUGAAAAACAAAUACCAGAUAAUUUUGAUGAUCGUCAAGAAGCUGAGAUAGGUUAUUAUCAAUGGGUACCAAUUGUUCUUGCACUUCAAGCUGUUAUGUUUUUUUUACCAAAUUGGAUAUGGAAACGUUUACAUUGCCAAUCUGGUAUUGAUCUUGAUACAGUAGUUAGUGAAGCUAGAGCUCUCAGAGGAUGUCGACCAUCUGUUAGAGAACAAGAUUGUAUUAAAUUAAAAGAAUAUAUAUCUGAUUGUCUAGGAGUUAAUGACAAUUAUAGACCAAUACGUAUUGGAUGUAUAAGAUUAGGAAAAAACCUUGGAAGUUACGUUACUGUUCUUUAUCUUCUUGUCAAAUUAUUAUAUUUAAUUAAUAUUUGUAUUCAAUUUUAUAUAUUAAAUGGUUUCUUAGGAAGUAAUUAUACAUUAUGGGGAUUUGAUGCAAUGAAAGAUUUAAUCUAUGGUCUUGAAUGGAAAGAUUCAGCUGUAUUUCCUCGUGUAACACUUUGUGAUUUUAAAGUAAGACGUUUAGCAAAUAUUCAUCGUUAUACAGUUCAAUGCGUAUUAAUGAUUAAUAUGUUUAAUGAAAAAAUAUAUCUCUUUAUAUGGUUCUGGUUUUUAUUUGUUGCUGUUUCAACAAUCUUAAAUUUCUUAUAUUGCUGUUUUCAAUUUAUUCCAGCUUAUUCUCGUGAAAAUAGUGUAAAAACACUUUUGAAACAUCUUGUUAGCCCAACAAAUCAUAUUGAAUUUAAAAAAUCCAUUAGAUAUUUUACACAUGAUGCUCUUAAACCUGAUGGAUGUCUUAUUCUUCGUUUUCUUGAAGGUCAUGCUGGAGCAAUAGUCGCAAGAGAAAUUGCUCAUAAACUUUAUGAGGAUUAUAUCACAAAUCAAGCUGCAAGACUUAGAAGUGUUGGAUGUGAUCAUGAAUAUAGUGAUCCACCAAUGCUUCGCAAAGGAACAGAAAAUUCUAAAAUGGAACCAUCUAAUUAUCCAUAUGAUGAUAGAAAACUUGUUGAACCUUUGAUGCAACUUGACUACGGUUUCCAAGAUCCAUCCAAACCAAAGGAUAUUUAA